CAAAGAUGGCGGUGCGGAAGAAAGACGGCGGCCCGAACGUAAAAUAUUUCGAAGCGUCUGAUACCGUCUCGCAGUUCGACAAUGUCCGCGUUUGGUUGGGCAAGAAUUAUAAAAAGUACAUCCAGGCAGAGCCCCCCACCAACAAGUCUCUAUCUAGCCUGGUGGUCCAGCUGCUGCAGUUUCAGGAGGAGGUGUUCGGACGACAUGUCAGCAACCCACCUCUCACCAGGCUGCUGAUUAAGAGUUUCCUGGACUUUAAGUCUGGCGGGGCUCUCUGCCACAUUCUGGCUGCAGCCUACAAGUUUAAGAGCGAUCAGGGCUGGCGCAGGUUUGACUUUCAGAAUCCUUCUCGGAUGGACCGCAAUGUGGAGAUGUUCAUGACUAUCGAGAAAUCUCUGGUACAGAACAACUGUCUGAGUCGACCAGUGAUCUACCUGAGCUCUGACAUUGAGGCCAAGCUGCUGGGGAAACUGAAGGACAUCAUCAAAAGGCACCAGGGCUCAGUGACUGAAGACAAGACAUCCAGCUCCCAUGUGGUGGUUCCCAUCCCUGCCAGUCUGGAGGAGGAGGAGUGGGUGCGUCCGGUAAUGAAGAGAGACAAGCAGGUGCUGCUCCACUGGGGAUACUAUCCUGACAGCUAUGACACCUGGAUCUCAGCCAGUGAGGUGGAGGCUGCUGUGGAAGAACCGCCUAGCCCAGAGAAACCCAGGAAGGUCCAUGCCAAGUGGAUCCUGGACCUGGACCAGUUUAAUGAGUGGAUGAAUGAGGAGGACUAUGAGGUGGGGGAGGGGGCCCCCAAGAGGAAGAGGAUCUCAGCCAAGACCCUGACUGAUGAGGUCACCACCCCAGGGGACGAGCGCCGUGACAAGAAGCCCGGCAGCGCCAAGAAGAGGAAGCGCUCGCCCUCCCCCUCGCCCACCCCACCACCCCAGGAGACCAAGAAGAAGAACACAAAGAAAGGGCCCACCACCCCGUACACUAAGUCUAAGCGAGGCCAAAGAGAGGAGGAGUCGGAGGAUCUGACUAAAGAGGAGGAGGUCACCCUACCUAAGACAGCCAACACUAAGAAAGACUCUGAGUCGACACCAGUGAAGGGAGGUACCAUGACAGACCUGGAUGAGCAAGAGGAUGAAUCCAUGGAAACUGCAGGAAAGGAGGAGGAGGAGGGCUCUCCGAGUGUGAAGGGAGAGCCGGUGAAAGGGUCGGACCUCCAUGAGGACAACGUGACCGAGCAGACCCACCACAUCAUCAUCCCCAGCUAUGCUGCCUGGUUCGACUACAACAGUGUCCAUGCUAUCGAGCGUAGAGCCCUCCCAGAGUUUUUCAACGGCAAGAACAAAUCCAAAACCCCUGAGAUUUACCUGGCCUACAGGAACUUCAUGAUUGACACUUACAGACUGAACCCGCAGGAGUACCUCACCUCCACCGCCUGUCGUAGGAACCUGGCCGGAGAUGUGUGCGCCAUCAUGAGGGUGCAUGCGUUCCUUGAGCAGUGGGGUCUGAUCAACUACCAGGUGGACUCAGAGAGCCGGCCCACCCCCAUGGGCCCCCCGCCCACCUCCCACUUCCACGUCCUGGCUGACACCCCCUCCAGCCUGGUGCCCCUUCAGCCCAAGGCCUCCCAGACUCCGGCCGCCCAGCAGAUUCUGUCCUUCCCAGACAAGGUGAAGGAGAAGCAGCCAGCCGACCUGCAGAACUUUGGCCUUAGGACAGACAUGUACAGCAAGAAGACUGGGCCUCCUAAGAGUAAGAGUGCUGCCAGCGCCAUGCGAGACUGGACCGAACAGGAGACACUACUGCUGCUAGAGGGUCUAGAGAUGUACAAGGAUGACUGGAACAAGGUGUCGGAGCACGUGGGCUCACGUACCCAGGACGAGUGUAUCCUGCACUUCCUGCGUCUGCCCAUUGAGGACCCCUACCUGGAGGACACGUCCUCGUCCCUGGGCCCCCUGGCCUACCAGCCCGUCCCCUUCAGCCAGGCAGGCAACCCUGUCAUGAGCACCGUGGCCUUCCUGGCCUCCGUGGUGGACCCUCGCGUGGCCUCCGCAGCCGCCAAGUCUGCCCUGGAGGAGUUUUCCCGUAUGAAGGAGGAGGUCCCAGCAGCACUGGUAGAGGCCCAUGUGAGGAGGGUGGAAGAGGCGGCGCGGGCCAGUGGCAGACAAGACCCCCUCUACGGCCUGGAGGGCAGCGGCAUCGCAGGCACCAGCCUGGAGGAGGGAGAAAAACCUGAAGAGAGCAGUGAGGAGAGUAAGAGUGACAGCCAAUCCAGUGAGGAGAAGAGGGAGACCAAGGAGAACAAAGAGGGAGCCAUGGAAGAGGGGGAGAAGCAAGGAGAAAAUGGGAAGAAGGAGGAGGAGAGAGGGAGAGAUGGAGAAGGAGAGGGAGAACAAGAGGCUGAGAAGACCGAUUCGGAGAUGGGUGAUGGAGAGAAGGGGAAGGAGGGCUUGGAGGAGGGCCAGAGAGAAGGCGAGAGCGAGGGAGAGAGGAAGGCUAAGGUGGAACGGGAUAUGGGAGAGGGGAACCUGGCUACCGCUGCUGCCUCCGCCCUGGCUGCUGCUGCCGUCAAAGCCAAGCACCUGGCUGCAGUGGAGGAGAGGAAGAUCAAGUCUUUGGUGGCUCUGCUGGUGGAGACUCAGAUGAAGAAGCUGGAGAUCAAACUGAGACACUUUGAAGAGCUGGAGACCAUCAUGGACCGAGAGAGGGAGGCUUUGGAGUACCAGAGGCAGCAGCUGCUGGCAGACCGUCAGUCAUUCCACAUGGAGCAGCUGAAGUAUGCAGAGAUGAGGGCGCGUCAGCAGCACUUCCAACAGAUCCAGCACCAGCAGCACAACCAGACUGGAGGCCCACACCCCGCCCCGGCCCCCACGGGCCCCCCACCCCCACCCCAGGGCCCCUCAGCCACCCAG